AUGGCGUUCGUUGGGACACAAGAUCGCGUUGGUACGUGCCAAAACAUCCCUCGCGACCCCACACCGCAGACAGCGGCGGACAAAAGACUUCGCCCACCGCGCGAAGGGUAUGGCGUUUCCUCUCUUUCGUGUGUUGCUGUUCACCACCUCCACAGCAGCAAUUAAUGUCAGCGCUGUAAUAUGUCGGUUUACGAGAGAACACACUGCUGUUGGGGUUAUUAUCUCAACAAACGUUUCGUUUAGUCGUUGCGUGUGAGAUGAUGCCUUAACUGCCGUCGUUCCACUGCAAACUCCCCGUGUGUCGAUGGAAGCACGACGAGAUGCACACGCGGAAGAUGCGGGAUACGGCGCUGCUUCCCUUUUUUUUUUUUUGUCCGCGUUUUUGGCGCCGCUUGUUGUCCCUACACAUGGCAGGCGGAGAGCAGCGGUCCAUUCCAUGCUACGAGAGUGUCGUGUGCCCAAACACUCCGAGUCUCUUGCACCCACCGUAAGACGUUGUAUGGGUACCUUGGCAGCAUGAAGAAGCUUUCUUUUACCGCCACGAUAAGAGUGAGACGGCCCUGGUUUGUGUGUUUUCUUGCCCGAUAUGCGGGGAGCCUACGGUCUGAUCGGACCUCUAGGAGCAGCCCGUUUGGCAUCGGUGCAUCGCGAGUUGUGUCUUGUUCGCGUUAAGUUUUUCAAAGGGUCAGGACAGGCAACAGUCGAACCAUUGGACAGGCACUGCUGCUAUUAGUACGUUGACAACCAUGGCACACAUCACAGCAGCACCGGCAGCAUGUAUUCCAUGCGAAC